AUGGGCAGAAAUAAAAAUAAACACUCCCCAGUCCCGGCCCGCCCCCGCUCCGCGCGCCGAGGAGAGCCGGGGCGCCGGGCACCGAGCCCCGCCGCCGCGGCCCGGAGCCCCCGGUGCCCGCGCCGCCGCCCGGCCCGCCCGUCCGCCCCGCUCCGGCCCCGCUCCGGCCCGCGCCCCGGCGGCGCCUACCUCUCGGAUUUGGUGAACUUCCGGAACGCCUGUCGGAGGUCGUGGAAGGACCUCCGCUUCUCCAGCUCUUUGAUCCUCUCCUCCUUGAGCAUGAGAAUCUUGGCAAAGUCUUCCUCCAGCUCGCUCAUGGUUCCCCUGAGCCCCUCCGCGAAACUUUUGCUCGGGCGACGGCGGCUGGGACUGCAGCCGGGCGAGGCGGGAGCGGACAGGGCGAGUGAGUGGGCGCUAGGUCCCGGAGCGCAGCGGUGCGGCCCCUACUGCGGCGCGAGGAGCCGCGAUCUUCGACCCGCUUCUGCUGAAUGGACGAGAAGCAUCGAGGGGAGGAUGAGAAGUCCAAAAGCGCCGGAGAGGAGAGGCAGAGUGCUAAUCCCCCGCCUCUCCGGGGAGUAGGUGAUUAUCUUUCAUUGAGAAACCAAUUAGAGCUGCCCUUCCUCCCCUGAGACCCCCUCCCCCGUCCCCCUUUCCCAAUCGCUUCGUGAGAACACGGCGUGCGCGCCACCCCACCGAGAGCCCGGUUUCUAGUUGGGAGGGUUGGACCAGUGAGCCUGGUCUCACCCCAUCACACAAGAAUCACUCUGGCACGCUAUAUGGUACCAAAGGAAAGGGCUGGGGUGGGGUGGGGUGGGGGGGGAGCUUUAUGCCACUUGAUCCUUGAAAUAGCAACAAUUACCAUGUGAUCUGGUAGAUGACGCAGCGCUUGUAACUGGAGCCUAAAGACUUUGUGGGGUGUGCGCGCGUGAGUGUGUGUGUGUGUGAGAGAGACAUUGCAUAAAUAUUAAACUGCCU